AUGGGCACCCCGCGGCGCUUCAGCUGGUGUCUCUCCUGGAAAAGAAUCCUGUGCAUCUUUUUCGUGCCACUUAUCUUACCAGGUUUUGCUCCCCGAGUGAAAGAUAAAGUGGGUCUUAUAUACACAAAUGCACAGCUACAGCCAGCCCGCAUGUUUAAUUGGUCUCACCUGACCCCCCUCACGCUGAAGGACCGAUCUGUGGGACUUGAGACUGAAAGCAGAGUCGGAAGUAAGCCAUACUUCACCCUGGGGGGUCACAAGUUCCUGAUUUUCGGGGGCUCCAUCCAUUAUUUCCGGGUGCCCAGGGAGUACUGGAGGGACCGCUUGCUGAAGCUGAAGGCCUGUGGCUUCAACACCCUUACCACCUAUGUUCCAUGGAACCUCCAUGAGCCACAAAGAGGCAAAUUUGACUUCUCUGGGAACCUGGACCUGGAGGCCUUUGUGCUGAUGGCUGCGGAGAUCGGUUUGUGGGUGAUUCUACGUCCAGGCCCCUACAUCUGCAGUGAGAUUGACCUCGGGGGCUUGCCCAGCUGGUUGCUGCAAGACCCCAAGAUGAUAUUGAGAACAACCUACAAGGGCUUUGUUGAAGCAGUUGAUAAGUAUUUUGACCACCUGAUUUCCAGAGUUGUUCCUCUCCAGUACCACAGGGGAGGCCCCAUCAUUGCAGUGCAGGUGGAGAAUGAAUAUGGUUCAUUUGCCAAAGAUAAAGAUUACAUGCCUUAUGUUCAAAAGGCCCUGCUGGAAAGAGGGAUUGUGGAACUGCUCGUGACCUCGGAUGAUACAGAAAAUGUGCUAAAAGGCCACAUAAAAGGAGUUCUGGCCACCAUCAAUAUCUACUCUCAGCAAUGCUCAAAUAUGAAUACAGUACUAUUAACUAUAAGCAAUAAGCCCAUUAUGAUCAUGGAAUUCUGGGUCGGCUGGUUUGACACAUGGGGAGGUGAACAUAUGGUUGGUAAUCCUGAGGAUGUUGAGGAAACUGUGUCCAAAUUUAUCACAUCUGAGAUCUCCUUCAAUGUAUAUAUGUUCCACGGUGGAACCAACUUUGGUUUCAUGAAUGGGGCCACAUAUUUUGGGAGGCACAGAGCUGUUGUCACUAGCUAUGACUAUGAUGCUGUGCUGACAGAGGCUGGGGAUUACACAGAAAAAUAUUUCAAGCUUCGAAGACUCUUUAGAUCUGUCUUAGCAAUGCCUCUGCCCGCUUUACCCAAGCUCAUUCCCAAGGCUAAGUAUCCUUCUGUCAAACCAUCCCUUUACUUGCCACUGUGGGAUGUCCUACAGUACUUAAAUGAGCCAGUUAUAUCUAAUACACCAGUCAACAUGGAGAACCUCCCUAUAAACAGUGGAAAUGGCCAGUCCUAUGGAUUCGUGCUUUAUGAGACUUCCAUCUGCUCUGGAGGUUCUCUCCACGCUAAUGUUCAAGAUACAGCACAGGUGUUUUUGAAUGAGAUAAGUUUAGGACUUCUGGAUGAUCAUACUAAGGAGUUGAAUAUUCCUAAAAUCAAGGAAUGUCGACUUCUCAGGAUCCUGGUAGAGAAUCAAGGACGAGUCAAUUUUUCAUGGAAAAUUCAAGAUCAGCGGAAAGGAUUAACUGGAUCAGUUACCAUCAAUAACGUUCCCCUAAAUGGUUUUGUUAUCUAUUCUCUGGAAAUGACAAUGAGCUUCUUUGAAAGGCUCCGCUUUGCCACUUGGAGUCCUAUCCCAAAGAGCUAUUUGGGCCCUGCCUUCUACCUUGGUACCUUGAAGGUUGACUCUUCACCCAAGGACACCUUCCUGAGUCUACUGACCUGGAAUUCUGGAUUUGCGUUCAUCAAUGGACGUAACCUUGGGCGAUAUUCAAUUAUUGGACCUCAGGAAACACUUUACCUUCCUGGUGCUUGGCUCCAUCCAGAAGACAAUGAGAUCAUCCUGUUUGAGAAAAGGAAGAGUGGUUCAUACAUACAAACUACAAAUGAACCCAUGCUGUAA